CUUACUACUAAGCACGACCUGCCGCUUUGCCACAUCUGGACUGGAGACGCUUCUAAACACGCAAAAAACUUCAACUUUUCGCAUUGACGCUGCGCAAAACCAUUAAAUUCAUUCAGGCGUUUUUGCGCUUUAGCCUAUCUGUCCGCUCAGAUGAUUUCUUGUCUCUCUCCAUAGUAAGUAGAGAUUCUUAUAUGUAAACUGGCGUUUCUGUAUCCUCCUGGGUAAACAGAGCCACGUUUGGCAGUUUCAUAUAUUCUAUGUUAGGCUGCCACGCUUUUCUACACAUGAUCUGCCACAUUUAAGGGUUGAUAUUGAAGGCGAGACAUCUGUUAAGUCUAGACACGCAGAUUAAGAUCAUUUAUAUUAAUUGUUAUUCAUUUCACAGUCUGCUCUUGUCGUAUCAUUGUUAAUAUUUACUUUUAAACGCGGAAAGUAAAGCCUGUCUGUGAUCUGAAUGAAUGCGUUGAUGGUGACAUAAGUUGUGAAAAUCAGCAGACACCGUUUAUGGAAUGAUAUAAAUUUUUUGCUUUAAAAAAAAAUAAAUAAAAGAAGAAAAUUAACUUUACAGCAAAACAAAACAAAAACACAUUAUGUUUAUCUAUUUAUGAUUUUGUCAGAUCUGGGAAGAAAAAAACUGGAAGAAACCAGAAGGCGCAAAGCUCCAUACUGAAGUGUUUAAGUUAGUCUGCGGGGAAAUUUAAAAAGACCGAAAAUACAGCGUUGGUUUCUUCCCUACAAAGAAUCAUUUGAACUUCCCACCGCAGAGAGAGAGAGAGAGAGGGAGAGACAUAAAUAGUUCUGACAUGUGGAUGUAAUUUCAGCAGAGAGAGAGAGAAAAAAAAAAGAAAAAAAAAUACAGAUGCGCAGAAAUAAAGCGAGCGGGCUGAACCGGAGCAUAUAGUAGAUUAUAGGAAAUUAAAUCGAGGUUAGAGCGGGCGAUUACAUAGUUAUGAUUUCACAAGCCGCCAGGAGCGUCGACCGGCCAGAUGGAGUGAAAAGACGCACCACGCUCCACUUUGAAGAGAGUUAAGUAGAUUAAAUAAUUGCUUUUCGAGCUUCAUCAGCUGCUUGCUUGAAGGACUUUCACUCUUCGAGGACGCUGCCAAAGGUUCAGGAAUGGGAUCAUCUCUGCAGCUCUACAACCUGGACUUUCUUCUCAUCUCACUCCUCAGCAGUCUGUGCCUUGUUUAUGCAGACGAUGUAGUGACAAAAGAGGAGCAGAUUCGUUUGCUGUUCAUAGCUAAGAGAAAAUGUGAAGAUAACAUCAAGUCAAGGGGUAAGGUACCUGAUGGCUUUUGUUCACCAGAGUGGGAUGGCAUUGUGUGCUGGCCAGAAGGGCCUCCUGGAAGCUUUGUAUCCACAUUGUGUCCAGACUAUAUUUAUGACUUUAACCAUAAAGGACUUGCAUACCGUCGGUGUGACAGCAAUGGAACGUGGGAGCUAGUCUCAGUCAACAAAACAUGGGCCAAUUAUAGUGAAUGUGCAAAAUUCCUUUAUAUUAACAACUACACCAAUGAAAAGGAUCUCUUCCACCGUUUGUUCGUCAUUUAUACUGUUGGGUACUCCAUCUCUUUUGGAUCACUUAUGGUAGCUGUUGUCAUCUUGGGAUAUUUUCGGCGGCUGCACUGCACUAGAAACUACAUCCACAUGCACUUAUUUGUGUCCUACAUGCUACGAGCUAUAAGUAUAUUCGUGAAAGAUAUAGUUCUCUACUCUGGAUCUGCUUUAGAGAACAUGGAAGGAGUCCCAGUGGAGGAUCUCAAGUCCAUCACUGAAGCCCCACCUGCCAGCAAAACACAUUUUAUUACCUGCAAGGUGGUGGUGACCUUGUUUAUGUACUUUCUGGCGACCAAUUACUACUGGAUCCUUGUGGAGGGUCUCUACCUGCACAGUCUCAUAUUUAUGACAUUUUUCUCUGACAAAAAGUAUCUUUGGGGAUUUACACUGAUAGGGUGGGGAGUCCCAGCUGUAUUUGUGACCAUCUGGGCCACUGUGAGAGCCACGCUUGCCGACACAGAGUGUUGGGACUUAAGUGCGGGCAAUUUAAAAUGGAUAUACCAAGUGCCUAUCCUGGUGACUGUGGUGAUUAAUUUUAUAUUAUUUUUGAACAUCAUCAGAGUCUUGGCAACAAAGCUGCGUGAAACAAAUGCUGGGAGGUGUGACACCAGACAACAGUACCGAAAACUCUUGAAGUCUACACUGGUGCUGAUGCCAUUGUUCGGCGUCCACUACAUCAUAUUUCAUGCCAUGCCAUAUACAGAGGUUUCUGGAAUACCAUGGUUGAUACAAAUGCACUAUGAGAUGCUUUUCAACUCCUUCCAGGGUUUCUUUGUUGCAAUCAUAUACUGUUUUUGCAACGGAGAGGUGCAAGCUGAGAUCAAGAAGUCAUGGAGCAGAAGAACCUUGGCUCUUGAUUUCAAGAGAAAAGCUCGAAGUGGAAGUAAUACUUACAGUUAUGGUCCAAUGGUAUCACAUACCAGCGUAACCAAUGUCACUGCCAGAGGACCCCUGGCCCUCCACCUCACCACAAGGCUAGGGCCAGUGCCUGUAAAUGGCCACAGGAACCUUCCUGGAUAUGUAAAGAAUGGAUCCGUCUCUGAGAACUCAGUACCUUCCUCGGGCCAGGAACUCCAUAUCCCUGAAGAGGAUCAGUCUACACAUACACGGUCUAGCGAGCAAGAGAAACCUACACCUGUAGUGGAGGAGGAGAGGGAGACAGUCAUGUGAGGGAGAGGGGAAAGGCAAAUCAUGGACACUCUUAGGUGCGUCUGAAGGUAGUUACUGCAUGAAGUACCAAUUCUUUUCUCCUGUAAACUGAGCCUGAACAUUGCAAACGGAUGAGGCUCAAGGGAUAAAAAAGAUAAAUAUUGCUUUUCCAAGGAAGAUGCCAAAUUUCUUAUGGCAGACCGUCUUUGCUCAUCAACCUUCUACAGCAGAGAAUGUGUAAAAGCCUCAGACCGGCUGAAAUUUGAAAAGGUUGAUUUUACUGCCAUGACUAUUUUUAAUGGAGAUUUCUGUUUGCAUACAAUGCAUAUUAAUGUUUUGUUUAUAAUUUAAGCCUAACGUUAAAGAGAGAUCAGCCUAACAUACUAACUGUAAAUCAAAGCUGGGGAAUUGUCAUUCUCAAAGUAAUUAUUUAGAAAAAAAAAGAAGUUAUUCCAGACAUUUUUUACGGCAUUUCUUGUUUGUGGCAUGGGUCAUAUUUCUUCUGCAUUGACUCACAUCUGUGUCAGUGUAAAAGGGAAGUUACUCAGGUAAUUAAAAUCCUUUGUUGUCGAACACAAGAUUUUAUAUUUUUGAGGUGGUGUUUCUGCAAUUUAUACAACUCCAGACUUCAAGCUUUUUAAACCUUGUCAGCUUUGUUUUUUAUCUUGUCAUCUGUUAUACUCCUGUUUUGAUUGACAUAUUAUUUCCUCUAAUCAGAAGGGUUAUGAAGGAUUGUAAUGAAUGUAUAAAUUUCCAUAUCUUUUCUUUAAAAAGUGUGCUUGCACGAUGUGAUGCAUCCAGUACUUACUAGGAACAUUGAUUAAAUUAUCCAGGUACUUUCAUUGAACUAUUAUGAAACUGAGUAGUUUCCAGUGUUGAGUUUAAUACAAGGCUAACCAAAAUGUGCUUUCCAAGAACUUACUAUGAACCUUGAUGAAACUUACCUGUAGCUUUCCUUUAACUAUCAAGGAAUUUUCUUGCGACUUCCGUUUCUGGAUGAUUUGAAAAGUUUAGCUGUGUUCUAAGGUGGGUUGUAACAUGUACAUUUCUUAUAGUAUUGACUUACCAUGCACUUUUCUGAAAUAUGUGUGUUACAUUAACUUUUUUCUUAAAAGUUAAAGGUGACCUCCAUUACAGUUCAAGAAAACUAUCCUGUAAAUUCUAAUAUAUUCAAAUUAAAGUACUUUUUAAACAGUUUUAGUUGAGAAAAAUUACACAAUGUAAAAUGGAUUAUAAAAAAGGAACAUAGCUAUUUAGUUAUGUGCACUUUGUAGUGAAGAAAGAACAUGAAUAGUUAAUUUAAUCGCUAGAUAUCUUUCACGAUUUUUAUGGUAUUAAACCCUAUUCAAAACAAGUGGAAACAGGAAGCCUUUUUUCCUGAGUGAAAAAGGAAAUGUAAUAGGUUUGUUAGAAUAGAUUUCCCCACCAAUCAGGGAGAGACGUUUCUGCAAAAUGAUUUUAAAAAAAGCCCAAUAGUGUGGCUUUAACUUUUUUCAUAUUCAAGUCACAAUGUUUACAGAUCAAAAUACAGUCUUAUUUGUGAGCUAAAUGUUGUCGCACGUAUAUGUCCUGUAGCUGUUGUAUCAUAGUUGUGCUCAGGUAUUAGUUAAAAGAAUGUCAGCAUUAUUUGUCGAGACUGAAAACAGAACUGUCACAUACAUACAGUUAGUUUUUGACACAUUCCAAAACCCUGUAAUAAGCCUUUAUGGCUGACAGUGUACGACAUGUUAUUAUCAUACCAAAGAAAAAAGGCUUGGAAUAGCUUGGAAAAAUGUUAUGCUUCAAUAGCAUUAUAUGUUUACACCCAAUAUUGUGGUAAUCCUCUUUAAAAAAGAUUAAACAUACAUAAAAACAACAUCUUCCAUUGAUGUUAAUUACAUGUUUUUGAAGAUAUGAUCUAAAAUGUGACUAUUAAUUCAGACUGCAUUCAGCAUCAAAUCUAGUAAUGGGCUCAUUAAAGAGCUACUGGAUAUAUCCACAUUACUACCAUAUGUUUAACAUACAAACCGAAAUUACAAUCUAUAAUAUAUAUAUUUUUUAUAUCACAAUUGCUAAAAUAGGUAUUAAUAUUUCAGCUCUCCUUCUCUCCAUCUAUUAAAGAAAUCUCGGUGCUUUGUUUACAGUAGAACAUAAACUGUAAAGUCUAACAAUUUUUUUUUUUUAAAUCAUAUUAUUACAUACAAGCAGAAAACCACAAAUUGCAUUCCAGUGUUUUACACAUUUUAAAA